CCUCACGACACGCCGAGCAUGUCUGCGCCCCAGCUGAUGGACGGCACGCCUGCCCCGGAGACGCCCAAGCCCAUCAUCAAGUCGGCCGACAUGUCAGACGAGAUGCAGGAGGUCGCGAUCCAGGUCGCUACCGAGGCGAUGCAGGUCGCAGACGCUGAAGAGAAGGAUAUCGCUGCCCACAUCAAGCGCGACUUUGACAAGCGCUACGGCCCGACGUGGCACGUCGUCGUCGGAAAGAACUUUGGCUCGUACUGCACCCACGAGACCGGCAACUUCCUCUACUGGUACAUGGGCAACAUCGCCAUCCUCCUCUUCAAGGCCGGCUGAACCGCCUUCGCCGCCUCCACCGCACACACACGACCUCCCUCGCACCGCCACGACAUCAUCUUUCCCUCCUACCGAGCCUCGCCGCCAGGCCUGGCUCGUCCUCCCUCUCUCGACCUUCGACUUUCAGCUCGCCCUUCGUCCACCCCUUUGCCAUACCCCUCAUCACGCCGCCCGCAGUCCUUUUCCUCGUCACGUCCCCCGGUGUCCUUCCCGGACCCUGUCCGUUCUUGCCUCGACCGCGUUCGCGCCGUCGGGUCGCCUCUGCAACCUGCAUCCAGUUUCCUCGACCUCGUCGAGUCGCC